CCCAUAUGUAAGUUUUGGCCGCGCGGUCCGCUCUCAGGUGUCGUGACGAAUCGAGAUUGCUUUACGUCACUUAGCCAGGCCCCUCUCUGCCAGGCUAGUUAUUAGCUAGUUUCGUAGCCUGCUAGCUGCUACUACCGGCAGUCACUCGCGUCUGGGGAGCGGUGAAGAGUGUUUGGGUCAUGGCCGAGCCACCAAGGAAGACACCGAGAACAGAGGAGCAAAGACAGAGGAAGAGGGUACGAGGCAAAGAAAGGGGUCGCACCCGUGUGAACAUUGGGAAGGCAUUUUCUGAAUGGAGAGAGUUGAUGGCUAAAGAGGGACACAGAUCCGACGCAGAACUGGCAGCCAUGCUCUUGAACUUGUGAGUACCCGCUAUUUUUUUAUAUUUAGUCCAGUCCUACAACCUAGAACUUUCGUCCCUUUCACUGCAGUGAUUGAGGCUUGUGAUUUACUUUUCUAAACGGAAAUCCAUGUUCAAGUUGAGUCGUUAGCAACUUUUCUUCUUUCAUGUUGUGUUCGUGGAGUAGGGCUUUGCUUGCAGACUUGUAAAGCUAUGCUAGUAUGUGUUCGCUUGUUUUGGAGUGCCAAUGUCAAGCGUUUCAUAUUCUGGCUUUCAGAUGCUGAAUAAUAUGAAAUGGUCGAUGUUUUCACUUCCCAUAUUUGCAAAAUUUCUCCACGCGUCGCGUGAUAUUGUCAAUCUAUUAUCUGCCUUUUAGAUCAUAACGAGACGGGCAAGCCUGGCCCUUCUGGUGAUGGUGUUCUAACAAACUUGUUUCCUCCCGAGUUCGAUAAUAUUACCUCUAGCCGAGCUUCGAAAUAUACGGACACUUGUGAUCCGCUUAGAAUAAGAAUAGCGUUUUGAUCCGAACAAGAAUUGUUGUCUAGUAUUACGCGUGAAAAUGGAUUCAUUUUUUUCGGAGUAUGACUGUACAGUAAUCGGGAUAGUGCAGAACUUGUCUACGUUUAUUGCGGCGUGUAUGUUGGUAGUGCCACUGCCUGCAUGCUGUAUGUUGUAUGUAAGGUAGAACCAACUUCUAUAAGUGUCUGCUAAUACAAAGGACUCCACGAAUACACCAUGAUGCGGGAAAAUCCCAUUCAAGAUCAGCAACAGUAUUAUAGCAAAUAGUAUCUUGAGUUUUCUCUUGAGAAUGUCUGUGUUUAGUAUCUGACGUGGGCUGACUGCACUUGUGAAUCAGAUGACCGAACCGAAGUGCAGACUAGAGCUACCACACAAUGCUAAUGAGGAUUGCCAGUGACAGUGACCCCCUUCCCCCACGACUGCUUUACAUUUAGACACCUGUGAAUCAGAUGACCUAAGUGCACUAACUCCUACCACCACACAAUGCGAAUGAGGAUUGCCAUUGACAGUGACACCCUUCCCCCCACGACUGCUUUACAUUUAGACUAAAAGUUCCAGUACUUCUAUGCCUGUGACAAAUAAAAGUACUUGUAAAAAAAUACUUCACUUACCCUGGCCCUGUAUGCUUAUUUGGCUAUCCACUCCCCUUUACAUGUAAAGUAGACAAAAGGUGCAUGUGGUAUCAACACCAUCAUCAGUUACAUUUAUGUAUGUGUUACUACUAUGUACCCACAUUAGGUUGGAGCAAACCACAAAGAUGUUGUUCCAUGGAUCAAGGACAUUGUGAACCACUUUUGGUAUUGCAGCAGGCACGCCAACACCGUGGAUGUGUUCUUGACAAUGUGGCGUGGUGUUGUAUGCCAUGUGGUGAACAAGCACUCCUGGCUUGGAGGAAGAUGUGAUCAUCUCCCACUGGAUGAAGGCAGCCAGAAUAAGCCCUGGCUCAGAAAAGGUGGAGCUGAUCACGAGGCACUCAUCCAAGUUGUGCUGGACAAAAGAUGGCUGGACCAGGUGAAGAAGUUCCUAAACUUCCGGACCACCUCUGACUUGGAGAACUUCCAAAACCACAUACUGAUGUAUGCUUCCAAGUGCAUGUCGUACACGCCUUUUGUCUACAAGACCCGGACUCUACUGGCCGCCAUUGACUACAACAAGCAUAAUGGACGUCGCCCUGCACAGAACCGGGAAGGGAAAAUAAUCUACAGGCGCAAAUACAGCAAGAAGUCAGAGCACUGGAGCGUCUACGCAGUGAAGGAAACAAAGCAAUACUCCUACAUUCUGGACCUGCAGAGGGCCAUUGUGAAGAGAAGACUGGAAAGCGGGACAGGCCUUCCCCGAAAACAGACAAUGAGACCAGACGACCCAAGGCGUUUGGGAGUACUUGCCAAGGAUCAGCCGCCACCUACAGCAGAACUCGUAAGGAUCCAGAUGUCUCGAGGGGACAGGAGUCCCAGACAACAGGAUGAAGAUGAAACUACUCAAGCUAAUGUUUAGUGUUUGUAAAUAAAAUAAAGACUAUUUGUUGCAAAAAUGUCUUUUUAUUUCUAUCUAAUACACACACAAAACUUUAUACAUAUUUACAAGACUUGAAAUGUCACAAUGACAAGGGAGCUGGAGUUUCUCAUGGGCUUUCACUUGUUUUUCGCAAAUACUUGCAGUAACUUACAGUAAGCGCCGUACUCUGUAGCCAGUGUAGUGACCUGUGGGGUCAGGGAACUUUUCUCUGAUCCUCCAUACACAGCAGCUGGGUAUAACGACUCUGUUCCCCACACCCAAGCGUCCAUGCUGCCACAACACAUACUGUCUGUAUGCCGCAUGCCUGAACUGACGUUGAUCUACACCAGGUAGAUCCUCGUCAUCAAGUGCAAUAAUGUCAUUCCAGGCUGCUCUGGCCAAGCGUAGCACGCCCUCGUCCAAGACAUAGCAGUCCACAUAGCCCAUUCUGCUUACGCAGUCCUGUGGUCGCUGUCGGCAGCAUAUUAGUUACUCUGGUGUCGGCAUCUCACGGCAGUGUCCACACACACACCACUGGGGCUGACCUGCGGGCUGAUCGUCAUGUUCAGGACCAGGGGGCACUUCAAAGAACGCCAUGACAUCCAUCAGCAGCCCUGGGGACCUGUUUAUCACUGUCUCCAGAACCAUGUCCUUCUGGGUAGUGGUCAGGGACUGGAG